CAAGGCGAACCGUUGGUGCGUUGUUGAUGUCACUGUCCGCCGUUUUUUACCUCAAUAAUCUGUCAGACCUACACAAACAGCCAAAAUGGGGAAACGACAGCACCAGAAAGAUAAAAUGUACAUCACAUGUUCCGAGUACACAAACUUUUAUGGAGGGAAGAAAUCAGAAAUCCCAAAAGCAGACUUCAGGCGGCUUCCGUUUGACCACUGCAGCUUGUCCCUGCAGCCGUUUGAGUAUCCCGUCUGUACUGACGAGGGCGUCGUCUUUGACCUGCUGAGCAUUAUGCCGUGGAUCAAGAGGUACGGCACCAAUCCCAUCUCCGGAGAGAAACUGGAGGCGAAGUCCCUCAUCAAACUGAACUUUGCCAAGAACAACGACGGAAAGUACCACUGCCCUGUUCUGUAUAACGUCUUCACCAACAACUCUCACUUCGUGGCCAUCAAGGUCACCGGCAACGUGUUUUCUCACGAGGCUGUUGAGCAACUCAACAUCAAGACCAAGAGCUUCAAAGAUCUGCUGAGCGACGAUCCCUUCUCCAGGAAAGACAUCAUCGUCCUUCAGGACCCCACAAACCUGGAUAAAUUCAAUGUUUCCAACUUCUUUCACGUAAGAAACAACCUGAAGGUGUUGGAUCCCGAUGAGGAGAAGGCCAAGCUGCACCCAUCGUACCACCUGAAGACCACCAACCUGGAGACCAGGGAGACACUAGCGGAGCUCUACAAGGACUACAAGGGGGAUGCGCUGCUGGCUUCCACGAUGAAGGAGGCAGUGGCCAAGAAGACGGACAAACUGAAUGCCGCCCACUACUCUACAGGCAGAGUGUCCGCCUCCUUCACAUCCACGGCCAUGACCCCCGCCACAAUACAAGUAGCAGAAACCAUCGCGGACGACAUCGUGCGUUACAGCUACGUGAAGAAGAAAGGAUACGUCCGUCUCAUCACGAACAAGGGGGCCCUGAACCUGGAGCUACACUGUGAUAAGGUUCCCAAAGCCGGAGAGAAUUUCAUCCGUCUGUGUAAGAAAGGAUACUAUGACGGGACGGUGUUCCACAGGUCCAUCAGGAACUUCAUGAUUCAAGGAGGAGACCCGACCGGCACCGGCACAGGAGGAGAGUCCUUCUGGGGGAAACCUUUCAAGGAUGAGUUCAAGCAGAACCUGUCUCACACGGGCCGGGGGGUUCUCAGCAUGGCCAACUCGGGGCCCAACACCAACAAGUCCCAGUUCUUCAUCACGUUCCGUUCGUGCACCUACCUCGACAGGAAGCACACCGUGUUCGGGAGGAUUGUGGGUGGGUUUGAAGCCCUCACGGCCAUGGAGAACGUGGAGAGUGAUCCCAAAUCGGACAAACCAAAGUCGGAGAUCAAGAUCGUAACUGCCACUGUGUUCGUGGACCCGUACGAGGAGGCCGACGCUCAGAUCGCGGCAGAGCGAGAGAAGGACGUGCAGAAGGAGGAGGAGGAGAAGCAGCAGACCAGCAUGGCCCAGCAGAAGUUGAAGGAGGACCAGGCGCCCAAAACCUUCAAAGCAGGCGUGGGCAAAUACAUCAACCCUGCCACCAAAAAGCGUCCGGUGGCUGAGGACAGCGGGCCGUCCACCAGCGGCGUGCCGGCGGCGCCCAAGAAGUCUAAAGGCAAGAGCAGCUUCGGAGACUUCAGCUCGUGGUAGCGGUGCCGACCAGUCAGAGUUUUCACCUUUUACUUUUUUUAAAUUCCAUUCCUUUCAUUUCUGUCGUCUCUGUAGCGUGAAACCAUUAAAGUUACUUUUUAACGAAAGAAAA